CAUCAACCCGUGGCUAAGCAAGAGGUCAGCCGCUACUUCAGUUUCCUGCCUUUUCGAGCAAGAAAAGAGGGUUUAUGCUAAUUAGGUUUAUCUCAAGAAAAUUCUCUGGUUAGGGUUUAUGCUCACAUAUCAAUUCAACGAACCCCCUUUACAACUUUCUGUUUCUUCCUCAAAAAUCGGUUUUCCUUCUGGUUCUCGUGGUCUUACUGCAUACACAUUCAUACCCAUAUCGAAGUAUAAUACUAAGCAUGAGUUCCUUGUCAGUGAAACGCCUGUUGCAAUCAAGUGAUUUCUCGCUUUUGGUUCUCCAAAAAUGAUUUUUUUCUCAGUUUUAUUGAGUAUACUUCGCCCAAAGAGAAGCAUCAGAAGAAAUCACUUUUUAUGUACAUUCAUGUCUCGUUCUUCAUCUUCUUCUGUACAAUCACUAGACAUGUCAGAAGAAAACCAUCACAAUUUCGCAGAUUAUGCUGAAUUGAGGAGCAAUAUGCAGAAUUUAGCAAAGUCAAGUGGUAUUACUAAAGCACUACAGGCAUUCCGUCUUAUGAGAACCGCUGCUCCUGGUAAGCCAACAAUAUACGAUUACAAUUCGUUGAUCAAUUGCUGUUUGAAAUCGGAAAAUUUGUGUUUACAUGAUCUUUCUGCCCUGUAUUCGGAAAUGAAAACACUUGGAUUAUCCCCAAAUGCAUCCACUUUCAAUACUUUCUUGAAGGGAUUAAAUCUUAUCGGGGAAUCAAAAGUUGCUCUUUGGGUCAUUAUUGAAAUGUGUAAUCAUGCCUUUACUCCUUCAUUUACUUCUUUAUCAACUUUGCUCAAGAAAUGUUCAGAUUCCAUGGAAUUAGAAGAUGCAAUUACUGUUCUUGAAUUGAUGAUGGGGUUGAAUUACAUUCCAACUGAACCACAAGUGAUUUUGUUAAUUAAUCGCCUAAGCAAACAUGGGAUGACAGAAAAGGCUUGCUUAGUGCUCUGUAAACUAUUAGACAAAGGUUAUUUUCCAAGCCCAUAUAUAUACAACCCAAUAAUAUGGUCUUUAUGUAAAUCUGAUCAGAUUAGUAUAGCUUUAGCAAUCUUUUGUUCUUUAGAGAAAAAGGGUUUUGUACAUAAUGUCUGUUCAUAUACAGCUCUUUUUUACGGGUUUUGUAAAAAAAGGUUAUUUAAGGAGGCUUCAAAUUGUUUGAACAAAAUGACAACAAAUAGUCGUUUCUACCCUAAUGUGAGAACUUACACCACAUUCAUCAAGUGUCUAUGUGACAAUGGAAGGAUACAAGAGGCAUUAAGUUUGUUAGGUCGAAUGGAAAAAAGAGGAUUGGAUCCUGAUAUUGUUACAUAUAACAUAAUUCUUCGUGCUCUUUCAAACCAAAAUAUGGUUCAUGAAGUUUUUGACCUUUUUCAAACUAUCUACCAAAAGGAACUUUCACCAGAUCGCUAUACAGCUACUGCUUUAUCGGGACUACUCAAAAAGGGUAAUUUAGGAAUUGCGCGUACUCUUUUGCAUGAUAUUUUCUAUGGUGGAAGUGAUAUGGAUAUUGCGGUUUAUAACGUGUACUAUUCUCUCUUUUCUGGUUUUAAAUCCAAAGAGUUGUCUUAUGUGAUUGAAUGUAUGAUAAAGAAUGACAUCGAGCCAAAUAACAUAUCAUUCAACACAAUUCUAAAAGGUUUUUGUAAAGGGAAAUCCAUGGAUGAAGCUCUAAAGUAUUUUCAAAGCAUCAAGAAACCCGAUUUGGUGUCUUUCAACACGAUUUUAUCGGCUGCAUGUAAAAAGGGUGAUUCAAAAAUGGUUCAAAAGGUGAUUGAUUUAAUGAAAGAUGAAGGUUUUAAGUUAAAUGUUGUGGGGUUUACUUGUUUAAUGCAAUAUUAUUGCAAUGUUGGAAAGCUUAAUGAUUGUUUAGAUGCAUUUGAAUGUAUGAUUUCUCAAGGUCUUCGACCCUCAAUGGUGACAAUUAAUAGUCUUAUGAUUGGUCUUUGCAAGAAUCGGGAACUUGAAGCUGCUUAUUGGGUUUUUUGUAAUUUAGAAAGUUAUGGAUUGUCAUCGGAUUCAAGAACUUAUAAGAUUCUUAUGCGUGCUGCUAAGAUUGAAGGGAAUGAUUUGUUGGUGGAGGAAUUACAAAGGAAAUGUAGGGGGGAAGGUGUGAAGCCGAAUAAUUGAAUAGAAAAAAAUGGUUUGAUCUUUAAAGAAAUGAUUACAAAUGGGUUCCAAUGUGGAUUGGGGUCUUAUGUAUCUGAUUUACAUCUCAAAUGAUUGAUCUGAGCGCAGGCUGGUGUGAGCCAGCUAAGGGGUUGCUAGAAGAAUAACCUUUUUUACAGAGCAAUUUUCUUACCAGCGAAUGGACAAGCUUUCUAAGGCUAUUUUCAAUUAUGAGGGUGGCAAUUCCAUCUCUAGCAACCAAAAAAGUGAGUAUGACACACACGGGCAUCUAUUUUCAGGCUAAAAGUGUUCCCAUAUCUAGUCAAGUGGCAUCAUCUUGAUUGGUGAUAAGAGUAAAGCUGAAUGCUGGAAGAAGGUAAAUGUCUCAUCAUAUAAUUUUGUAGCAGGGAUAAAUGUAAGAAAUAUCAACAUUCUUGUAUUUAUUUGUUUAUUAUAACAUUCUACUUUCCUUUCUUUUCUAUUACAACACUUUGAUUUUCAUUUUUUGUUUUCUAAUUAAGGAAUUGUACUUUCAACUC